CAUGGCUCCGGAGACAGAGGUCAACGUCCUGAGCGCAUUUCGCUCGGACGUCCAGACAAUACGUUAUUCAGAGCUGGCGUCCAGUUCCAUCAUAAUCUUCGACCAUUUGCUCACGUUGGAUCAAGAGUACGACUUGAUUUGGAGUUCGCCAUGGUCUAUAGGGAAAUGCCUGUUUCUCUUUAAUCGUUAUUACACGCUCAUUACCAUGAUUUUCAAUAACUACGCCCUCUUCAGUCCGAAUAUCUCAGAUUACUUCUGUCUUCAUUGGUAUAGGUGGCAGGGUUGGACAGGAGUAAUAUCAUUCGUGGUAGCUGAACUCAUUCUCCAGCUUCGCCUCUACGCCUUAUACUUCCUGGACAAGAGAAUCCUCGUUUUCAUGGCUACCACUUCAUUGAUCGCCGCUGCAGCCUCCGCCGCCGUCAUGGGCUCCGUGCUAUCCAAGAUCAAAGCUACUGCCCAUAUGUUCCCAGACCACCCAUUCUGCGUUGCGACGGGGAUAUCCAACCAUUUCUACGCGUUCUGGAUACCGAUGCUAGUAUCGGAGAGCGUGCUCUGCGGGCUUGCGCUCGCGCGGUUCGCACAGACGCAUCGCAGGGGAUCAACGCUGUUCCAGACCGGCAAGCGGCUCGUCGAGAGCCUGAUCCGCGACUCAGUGUUUUACUUCGUCGUGAUGUUCGCAACGUAUCUUGCCAACGCCAUCGUCUUCAUUGUCGGAAACGCGACAGAGGUCGAGAUACCGGUCGGGUUCUCCGUCGCGUUGUCCUGCGUGCUGGGCAACCGCCUCUGCCUAAAUGUCCGCGGCAUGAUACGCAGGGAGCAGUCGGUACCGUCAUCCGAGUACGAGGACGAAUACGAGGACCAGUCGUGGCUCCCGGAGGAGAUGCAGGAAACCCCGGUCUACAGUAUCGAGGCGGGUUCGCACUUGUCCGAUGUCGAGCUCAGGGAGCUCCGGGCGAUACGCCCAGAUCAAGCAGCAACAGUAUGAAAGCCCAGACUGUACUCUUAUUCAUCAAUUAUGGGUUGGCACGUUGCUGCGCGAGAACUCGCGCUGAUAUUUUUCAUUGUGCGGAGUGGUAAAGAACACGCCCUCGUCUGCAAUCAGAACAAGGGUGGCUUCGACGAAGGACAUCCCUCGAAUGUUUCUAUAGGGUGAGGCCGUGGCAGAGCCCAGACUCGUCUCCCUCGCGCAAGAGCAAAAGCCUCCGCACAAUACAUACCUC